AUGGAUCUGUAUCAGCCGUCAAGUGAAGUCGAAUCAGGAUUCGAAGGCUUCCUUCAAGCUCUCUAUGCCGAGACGGAAGAUGCGAUCGCGACAACCUCGUUCACGAAUUUCUUCACUCCGCAAGGUGCUCUCAUUGUGCUUGGGAAUAAAGCUGUUGGGGUUGCAGAUAUUGUCGCACUUAAGGAAUACCUAAUGCCAACUGAUGGGUCAAAGAUCUGGGAUCACUUUCCCAAUGUUACGACGGUGUACUCCGAGACGGACCUGGACAAAACCUAUGCCGUGGAAGGUGUCAUCGAGACAACCUAUAUAGCAGAGCUGACCUUCUACCUCUACUCAAGUUAUUCAAGUCGAUUCACGGUAGCAAAGAAAAACGGAGACGUGCCUGAUCUCAAGUCGCACUCCGGCUCGCUGAUCACAUAUGACGACCUCGUCGUGGAUCCUGCAUAUUCUCCAACUAGCAUUCCCUGCUACAACUUCGGCGCCAAAACCUGUCCAUCUUCCAAAGUAUUUAGGUAG